UUUGUGACGUUUUAGUCAUUUAUAGUGACACAAGAAAAAGUUUUGAUGCAAAUGUGUUCAUAACGAACACAGUAUUUAAUAUUCAGGAGAAAAGAACCUGAGUCAAUCAUUUAAAAUCAACAAGUUUAACUGAUUAAAAUAGUUGGUUCUUUGUUAUUUAUCGAACAAAAACUUUGAAAAAACAUCAAAAAUGAAUCAUCCAAAUAAAUAUAAUUUUUUAUUGACUACAGUAAUGGCCACUGCCGUCCUAUUAAUGACGAUAAGAUCAUGUCAUUCAGCACCGUUUAUUACAAAAACCGACAAAGGUGUCGAUAUCAAUGUAUGGCCAUUUUUUCGUAUGCAUCUAGCUCGUGAAACACGUGGAAUGGUUUUGGGCAUUGAAGUACUAAGUGGUAUGGUUAAAGUUAAUUAUGACCGGAAACCAGGCGAAAAACCAUUCGUAAAUGUUAGUGUAUUUGGUCUCGGUGGAUCGGGUGAUGGUGCUGCAAAAGCAAAAAUUCCUGUUGAUGAUAUAGAAAGUGGACUUGGAGAGUUAAAAGCAGCACUUGAAUCUGAAACUAAUCUUUUACUUUAAUUUAUUUCCGAAUUUCAAAUUGUCCCAGUGGUUUAUUUUGAAUUUCCACUAAAAUUUUAUCUAAUCUCAUGUUCGGAAAAAAUCCAAACUAGUUAUUAUUUGAAUAAAUUAUUCAAAAAUUUUGAUCAAUAAAAUUAGU